AUGAUACGAUUAAUGUUUAGCUCCCUCCCGAUAGAAAUAGUUCUCGAAGUGAUGUACAAUAUGUCUUCUCUUGAUUUAAUAUUUGUGAUUGGUAGAGUUUGCAAAAUAUGGAGAGAUAAAGUUGCAAUGGUAGUGCUGUCGGAGCGUUUGAGUUCCUUGUGUUGUUCAUUCAAUUCUUCAUGUAGAAAAAUUUCAAACUUUGAUAAUUUACGAGGAUCCAAAGAGGGAAGAACAUUGGUGAGGUUUCUAUUGAGAGAACGCACUAGAGAAAUUGCCAUGCAGAUGGUACAAUAUACAGCAAUGUCUUCACCAUUGCCUGAAUUUUCGUCAGUUUCAAUACCUCCUUUGUCCGUGAUGCAAGAAAUACAAAUAUUGAAAACUUAUUUUGAAGAUUUUGUGAAAAUGGAACCAACACAAAAUUCAACACAUGUUUCAAAUCAAGGCAAUGAAACAACUCCAACUACGGAGAACGGUGGAAUAUUUGCAAGUAUUUUCAAACUGUUCGGUGGCUUAUUCCACACAUCUUCAUGUAAUUCUAAUACCUCACCCUCGAGGAAUGAGACAUCCCAACAACUCCCUAAUUCGUUGAUAAACACAAAAAUGGUUUCAUAUGGAUGUUAUGGAGUUGGAAAAACCGCAUUCAAAGAUUGCUUGAUGGAAGAAAAGGUUGUCACUCCUAAUAUUAGCUCAGCUACAAUUGGAGUAGAGUUUUCCUUUAAGAAAGUCUCUAUUUGUUGUGAGAGAACUGCAGAUACUAGAAAUAAGAACAGUAAUGAACUGUGUGAGUUAUUUUCUAGCAAACUGCAAUUGUGGGAUCAUAGAGGACUCGAAUUUCGUCACUCACGAUAUUAUUUUAAGAAUUGUUCAUUUCUAUUUCUAAUAUUUGAUACAACAAACUCUAGGUCAUUCGACACACAUAAUUUCAUAACCAUCAUGAAGAACAUUGGUAAAGAACACAAUACUGAUUUUAAAAAUACAGAGGUUAUAUUAAUUGGAACAAUGAACGAUUUGACCACACACAGAAGAGUUUCAAAAGAUCAAGCUCAAAUGACGGCCUUUAACGAAAUGUGCAUUCUGUAUUUUGAUGUGACAAACACGUCACUACAAGACUCGACCACAAUUUUGUGGUAUUUAAUGUUAAUGAGAUAUUUUCUUACGGAAAGAGAAGUAUCACAACCUUAA